AUGGUUGAAAACAUGCUGUCAGAGGGCCAUGGCAGCUCGGGGGCUUCCAACGGCUCCCAAGAACACGAACACCAGGCAUCUCACGCUCAUACUUCCCCGUCCCACGACACAUUCACUUCGAACCUCCUUACUCGCAUCAAGAUGUUUUCCACUCAUAUACCGAAAUCCUAUGUUACGCCGUUUUGUGGGGCAAGUGCUGGUGUAGCCUCAGGGAUUGUGACGUGCCCUCUCGAUGUGAUCAAGACGAAGUUACAAGCGCAGGGUGGGUUUGCACGGCGGUCGGGGAAUACGAUUGAGGCGAGGACUUUAUACCGUGGCAUGCUGGGCACAGGAAGGGUAAUAUGGCGGGAAGAUGGUAUCCGCGGGCUCUAUCAGGGUCUGGGUCCCAUGCUUCUGGGUUAUUUACCUACGUGGGCGGUUUACCUGGCAGUAUAUGACCGGUCACGAGAUUACUUUGAAGAAACCACUGGCAGUUGGUGGUUAUCGAGGGGCUAUGCUUCCGUCACGGCAGGCGCGUGUUCGACCAUAGUGACGAAUCCAAUAUGGGUCAUCAAGACACGGCUCAUGUCUCAAAGUCCGAGGUCCAAUAGUGAAGGCUUUAGGGCACCGUGGCAAUAUAAAAACACUUUCGACGCGGCUCGCAAGAUGUACCUGAACGAAGGGAUACUCUCGUUCUACUCAGGGCUAACACCAGCGCUGCUGGGAUUGUUUCAUGUGGCCAUUCAGUUUCCGCUUUACGAGUAUUUGAAGAUGGCCAUUACGGGUUAUGGAAUUGGAGAACAUCCCGAACAUGGCGACUCCCACUGGAUUGGGAUUUCUCUCGCUACAUUUCUCAGCAAGAUCUGUGCCAGCACCAUGACCUAUCCACAUGAAGUGUUGCGGACAAGACUUCAAACGCAACAACGGACAAUGUCGCCGCGGUCCUCGGCCGAAGAGCUUACAUUUCGUGAAGGGAUAGAGAAGUUAAACGGCCGUGGUCGUCCUCUAGGCGCUGCCUCAUCGGACGGCAUGGCCAACCGGCCACGGUACACCGGCAUCGUCCGUACUUGUCAGACAAUUUUCCGGGAAGAGGGUUGGCGUGCAUUUUACUCGGGAAUCGGCACGAAUCUCUUCCGAGCUGUCCCGGCCGCUAUGACUACGAUGCUUACAUACGAAUACCUCCGAAAAUUGAUAGGCACUAUGCAACAUGACGGGGAGGUGGAGGUUCGACGGGCUGAAGAGAAAGAUCUCUCCGGGGGCAUCUAA